UUCGUCAACGGCUACAAAACACAGCAGGAGCAGUCGUUCACCGGGAUCGCACGCACUACAACAGAACACCUUUCGCGCUCGAACCGAGCGAACUAGGAUGAGGGACGCGUGGCUCUUGCUUCCCGCUUUCUGCGCGACUUCGAUUAUGCUGUCGGUCGCCGGCGAACGGGUCAAGUCCAGCGUGGACUCGAAGACCAAAGCCGAGACCGCUUCAGGAGUCGCCGGAGCACCGGAAAACCAACUCGAUGCUUGGGAAAUGGCGAAGAUGAUAGUGUCCCAACAGGAGGCCUACAUGAAGGUGAAGGUGCCUUCGGAAAAAGGGAGCGGUGGUCCCAAGAAGGAAGAGAGCGCUAAGAAGGCAGGAACGACCGCAGCAAGUGAGAAAACUGACGCUGCCCCGAAGAAGGCCACGUCGUUACCUUCCGAAGCUAACGCUACCGAGGACGAGAUCGAAGAGGCGACUCCAUACGAAGAUGACCCACGUCACCGGGAGCGACAGCACAUGGAAGACUUUGUGGCCAUCACCGAGAAGAUAUACGUGAUCAAGCGCAACUUCAACUUGAAACGAAUCGAGCGCUGCGAGUCGGCGCAGAGGUUGCGUCAGCUGAGCGAGACCAACUACGAGUACGUGCUCCGCACUCGCAUGUACAAGGAGGCGACGACGCUAAUGUCCAUGAAAGUGUUCUUCACGAUCAGCAAGACUGGCGUGCACAAGGACUACAACGCCGUCAAGUACGCGCACGGCAUAGACGAGCCUAGCGUCGAGCGCAAGCUCAUGUACAUCAGUCCCGACAAGACGUGCGCGAUCCUCGUCGAAAACUUGAAGAAGCGACGCAAGGGUUGCCAACUCGUCCAGCCCGAGUCCGCCGUCGACAAAGGUGUGCCGGUGGAGUGCAACAAGAUAUACGAGACGAGGUGCGGCAAAAAGAGCCUCGUCGUCUACGAACCUGUCUGCAAGACGUUGCCCGACAGCGUUCCCCACGAGGAACUUUAAAAAAAAGCAACACAUUCUCCUUCUGGCGAGACACGUUCGCUGCAAGAAGUUGGGUGGUCACGACUUACGCCGUUUCUCAAAACAUUCCUCUUCACAUCUGUCAAGUAUACGUGGUGGUGGUUUUCGACUGCAGGUGGGGCUAUACAACCUCAGAGACACUGCCGGCACUUGCUUCGUCUCAGCGUCACUUUCAUUAUUCAGACAUUUCUGCGAGAGACUGUACUAACAAUUCGAAAGACCUGCGGAGUGUACACGCGAAAAGUGCCCUUUUUCAAAACGUUCAAUUGGGGACACACGCAUCAUCUUCCAAUAAAACAAAAUUGUUGACGUCUGAGUCACACACGG